UCUUUGUUUCAGUGGGUACCAUACUUCUUCGCGAUUCAAGCUUUCUGCUUCUACAUACCUAGUUGGAUUUGGCAUUUUCUUCAACAGUAUGGCAGACAUCGUAGUACGAUUAAUUCCAUUUUAGUGGUGGAUAUUCAAACGGUGGUGGAUGAAGCGGUCGCGAUACGAGACGAGAGAAAAGAAGAGAACAGAUCGAAAAAAUUGGUGAAAGUCGUCGAAUUCAUCCGCACCUCUUUCGAGUAUCGCGAUAAACUUCAACAAUCGGUAACAAUCCUAGAAUCGCUGUUUGAAAAUCUCUUUAUGAGUUUUUGUGCAAGUUUAUUGAAACCAACAAGACUUGGUUUCUUUGCGACCGCAGCUUACCUAACGACGAAGUUUGUGUGGCUUAUAAACGAUGCAAUUCAAUUGUGGCUAAUUGGUCGUUUUCUGGGUAUUGAUGAUCCUACAUGGGCUUUUCAGCCGUCGAAAGUGGUGCAAAAAGUGACGAAUGUAGGAUCGAAGACAGCCAUUCAUUAUUUUCCACGUGUGACGUUCUGUGACAUUGAACGUCACACACUCGGACGUAUGCAGAUAGACACAUUCCAGUGCGUUCUGAUGCUUAACGUCAUCAACGAGAAAUUAUUUGUUAUGCUCUGGUUUUGGAUCGUUGUGGUGAGUGUUUGGUUGUCUUUUGCUGUUGGCGGUGAUGUCGAUAAAUUUCAUCUAUACGCUGUUGCAAUUCGUUUCACCGAGUUUGCGAUGCUCGAAUUUCAUGUUGUACCUACGGGUAAUUUGAGCUUGAAUUUGGACAUUUUACGGGGAAUUGAUGCGACUGAACAUCAACAUCGAUACUUUUUGGCUUGUGGGAAACGAAAUAUUCGUACGUUCGUUGAAAAU